AGUAGCAGGAUCAUGGCUACUAACUACAGUGCUAACCAGUAUGAAAAAGCUUUCUCAUCCAAGUAUCUGCAGAACUGGUCUCCCAGCAAGUCAACAAAAGAGAGCAUUUCUUCCCAUGAAGGCUAUACUCAGAUUAUCGCCGAUGAUCGAGGUCACCUGUUACCUUCAGUGCCCCGCUCCAAGGCAAGUCCUUGGGGUUCCUUCAUGGGUACCUGGCAAAUGCCUCUGAAGAUACCUCCUGCUCGGGUGACUCUGACCUCACGUACCAUGGCUAGUGCUGCCUCCCUCACCAAAUGGAUACAGAAAAAUCCUGAUUUGCUGAAGGCCUCCAAUGGACUAUGUCCUGAAAUCUUAGGCAAGCCUCAUGAUCCAGACGGUCAGAAGAAACUCGGGAAGAAGACUAUGACAAAGACCGUGCAGCAAGCACCAAAUACAACCAUAAUCCCAAACUCCCCAGCCGCAAACUGCAAUUCCCCCGAGCAACUCCAAAGCCCACAUCCGUCUGCAGGUCACACUCCAGCUCUCCAAAAUCCACCCACCACUCCUAACAGUGCCCCUGGGAGCCCGUGUUCACUGGAACGCUGGCAAGGACCCACUCUCACCGAGAGCCCCAAAUGCAAACCUGGGGCUCCAGAAGGGAUUCUAGGCCACACUGAGAAAGAAAACGUAUCUAAAGAUUGAGUGGAGUAAGCAAGACCAUACCUCUCACCCCACUUCCCCAGGUCAGGAAUGUGAAGGAAUAUGGUCAUUGUGGGGUGGAAGCAAAGGAAAUUUAAAAAAUAAACAUUGUUGAAUCUUCUA